AAUGCCUAAAACCCUCUCUUUUGAGAACCAGACGCAGAAAUAGAGCAAGACCCAGAAGAAUCAUAACGCAAACCCCUUUCAUUCUCAUUCCCAUUUCCCUUUAUUUUAUUUUCAUCAAUUAUUCUUCUUUCAAUUCUCCCCUUUUCCAAUCCAAAUUUUCUGGGUUUUGCUCAUUCAAUUCGUUUGUGGAAUUAGAUCUUAGAGUGAUGGACAAGGCUCGCCACGACCGAGAUCGAGUUGUCUGCUCUUCCUCUGUUCUUGAUGCAGGUGAGAGACCUGAUAAGCCAGAUGUUUUGACUGAGCAGCCACUUCCACCCAAAGAUGAAAGGAUUGUUUCUGCGAAUACUUCUCCUCCUGAGGCACUCAUUAUAGGGCACUCAAGCAAUGUCACAGGACAACGUGAUUCUCUGGAUGCAGGUGGAGGAGACUAUGGCACUUUCCACCAUUAUAAAGCUUAUGUUUCUUCUAAUGAACAGAACAUUUCAUAUGCGGGUGGUUCAGGUUAUGGUAGCAGCACUGGCUCUUGGAAUGCAUAUUCACAAUAUGUUAAUAGUGAUGGCUUGCAUGUUUUAUCGCCGGUUGUCUACAAUGACAAUUCAUCUCUUGUGUUCCAUUCUGGUUAUGGCUUCAAUCCUGAAAUUGCAUAUGGACAAUAUUCUCCAGUUGCUACACCUAUGCCCCUUAUGGUAGAUGGUCAACUAUUCUCUCCGCAGCAGCUUCCUUUCUCUCCAUCCUAUUUUCAUCAAACAGCGCCAAAUCUGCCUCAUAUGUCUUCGGCUCUUCAAGUUUCUCCAACUGAGUUGAUGACACCAGAAAGUAGUACUAUUGAUAACAUGUUUUUUGGGCCAGGAUCAGGUUACCUAGUCAAUUUUGGAUCAUUAGGCGGAGGUAACCUUUCUGGAAAUGUUAAUAAUAGUCCGGUAACAUCGCCAACAGUUUAUCACCAACCAAUGGGCAUUCUUGGGUCAUACGAGAACAAUUUUGGGCAGAUUUCUCAACAACAGAGACCAACCCAUGGGUAUGGUUUGGCGCCUGGUUCUCAUUAUCAUCACGGUAGUUCAUAUCAGAGCUCUGGCUAUGGAGGUGCUUCAUUUCCUUACUCAGUUACUAAUGAUCUGAAUCAACUAACUCUUGACAAAGGCAGAAGAAGAGAGAGAGACCAAGACUCAAUUAGUGUUUCUAUUGAUUCCCGGGACAUCUUUAAUGACCGUAAUCGGGGGCCAAGGGCAUCAAAGCAGAAGGGAAAGAGUGGCACUGAACAAGGUUCUUCUUCUGGUGCUAACAACAACAACUUAUCUGCCUCUGGAAUUCUUCUUGAUUCAUAUAACCGGUUGGAUUUUGUCACCGAUUAUGAGAAUGCAAAAUUCUUUAUCAUCAAGUCUUUCAGUGAAGACAAUGUUCACAAGAGUAUUAAAUACAAUGUUUGGGCUAGUACACCACAUGGAAACAAGAAACUUGAUGUUGCUUAUCAUGAAGCAAGGGAUAUAAAAUCACACUGCCCAGUCUUCCUGUUUUUCUCGGUUAACGCAAGUGGACAGUUCUGUGGGGUAGCAGAAAUGGUUGGAGCUGUUGAUUUUGAGAGGGAUGCGGAUUACUGGCAGCAAGAUAGAUGGAGUGGACAAUUCCCAGUUCAAUGGCAUAUUGUUAAGGAUGUUCCCAACAUUCGAUUCCGCCAUAUUCUACUUGACAACAAUGAUAACAAGCCUGUUACUCACAGUAGAGAUUCUCAGGAGGUAGGAUUCAAACAGGGUAUUGAGAUGUUGAAAAUUUUCAAGGAUCAUGAUGCACGAACAUCUCUCCUAGAUGAUUUUUACUUUUAUGAUGAUCGGGAAAAAGUCUCGAGGGAAAGGAAGGCCAGACACCAAGCUUGCUCAACUUCAGACGGUGCUGAUUCGUUUAAUGAUAGUUUUGUUCAUGACGUGUCAACUGCUUUUUCUCAAGCACUGAAUCUGAGAGAGAGUGCCAACCAGGCAGCAGCAUCCGAAGUUGGUGCUAGUACAAGAAAAGAUGUUUCAGAAUCUUUCGGUCAUGAUUCUCUAAACCAGUUGUCUGGCGUCUUAUCACAAGGUUUGGGAAAGGAGGAGGGUGACAAAGAAGUACUAGCAUCUGGUUCAGGUGGUGAUGAAUCCAUUGACAAGGAAGCAACUGUUAAGUAAGCUAGUUUCUAGCUGCGUUUAGACAUAUCCUUCGGGGUCUUCGCAUUGACUUAGUGGACUUCUCUUACCUUUUUUUUUCUUUUUUUUCUUCACUUGCUGACCACAUUGGGAUGGUAUUUUGGGCGUCUCGCGUGGUUCAGUGCAGUUAGGUACUACGCCGGGUCCUGCUCCUCAAGGAGAGGGAGGGUGUUUGAUAUCUUACAUACUCAUCUUUGUUUUUGAUUUUUCGUUAAAUUGUUUUUUUUUUUUGUUUCUCAAGGUAGACGGUUUUAGGCGUUGCUGAAGUAGUUGAAUGGGUGAGGAGAGGACUCUGUGUACUAUGCUGAUGCCUAAUACCUAAAGUAGUAGUGUCUGUCGAAUUCUUUGCUGGUUUUCUUCGGGCGGCGAGGACUUGUAAAGUUACCUGGGAGAAGGGCAAAUCAAUAAAGAAAUUCAAAAUGUCUAAAGAAAUUUCAAAAUUU